CGUGUUCCUGUUGUACUGUCAAAAGAUUUGCUCACAGUUGCCUUGCAAUGUCUUUACUAACGGAAGUUUGCGGAAAUGGGAAAAGCGGCAAAGAAAGCCGUUCUGAAAGUAAUCUAAGCAACUCAAGUAAUAACGACUCGGAAGCAGCUAGACUAUCAACCACUACGGAUAAUGGAGAGGUCCGAUUUGGGGAUCGUCUUCUUGAUGAUUUGAUGAACACCUUCUGUGACCGUUUACAGGCCGCAUGCCCCCGUAAAUUAGAUGGAUGCCUUGCUAUUCAAUUUGUCAUGGUAGAGCCUCAGUCACUCAAAUCAAUGAUCAGCGCUACUCGACCUGCUCAUCAGAUUAUUUUUGACUCUGACAGAGUUCAUUAUGUAGUUGUUGAUUAUGACCCGCAAACAAAAUUUAUUGUUCUAUAUGACUCCCUUGUCGAAAAAGAUACAAGCAUUACUAGUCUGCUAACAGAACCAAUUAGGCGACAAAUAUCCGCACUAUUCUCUCACAUAUUCGAAAACAACGCAGUUCAGUUGGCAAUUGCGCGAAGUUAUGACAGACAGACCGAUACGUGGUCCUGUGGAUAUCGUUCCAUUGCUUGUAUGGUAGAUCUUGCAAGGCAACGCAAUCCUUGCGAAACGGAUUAUUGCAUGAAAAGCAUAUUUGACUUUUUCUUAAAAGUGAUAAGCGAACCAAAAGUGGAGUGGGAGGUCUUCGAAUCAGCAUAUUUUGGA